AUGGCGUCACUCAACAUAUCACAAGAAGAACUUAAGGCGCUGGAACAGACGCGCCAGCGCCUGCAGCAGGUGUCAGAUAGCAUCGGAACACUCAAGAAUGAUGUCUUCAGCAGCAACCCACUCCCAAACCUAGCAUCCCUACAAAACUCUGCCGACAUUCUUCAAGCCACCAUGCGCUCGCUCCUUACCAACAUGUCGAACAAUGACGAGCUCUUCAGCCGUCUUGCUGUGCAUCCCUCCACAAACUUUCCUGGUCGGACCCAGGAGAACAUUCUUUUACAGCUGCUGCGCAAGAAACCAGAGCCCGACGUCGCGGCAUCGCUAGAUGAGGGCCGGAAGGCCUAUUCCGAGCUUGAUGAAUCGCUCAAAGGAGAGAUCAAGCUUGAACAUCGCAACAAUGAUGAGGAUGAUGACGACGAGGACAUGUCACCCAUGAACCAGCGAUGGGCGUCGCUCGAUGCAUGGGUUCGCAAGAGAGCAGAAAAAUUCAUCGUGGACGAAUUCCCUGAAGACUUUACGGCGGAAGAGCUUGACCUGGGCAUUGAGAAUGUCAGGACUGGACUGAGGAGGAAAUUUGAAUACGAGGAGGACGACGAUGACGAGGAUGAGGAUGACGAGGAGACCAAGGCUGUCGCACCACCGAAGCUGCACGCCGAAGACGACGAUGUGGUCAUGCUUGACGAUCUACCACCACCGCCACCUCCUACCGUUCCUUCACUGCAAUCUCAGGCCAGUCAGUCCGGCGUUGCAACUGAGCAUGUCGACGGGUUGAAGUUAGAAAACAUGCUCAAGGUUGCGACGCUGGGUCAACUUUCCAGAUGA